AUGGGUUCCCUCCGAUCCUCAACCCAAGUUUUUGAAACCUUCCCAAAGCCAGAUGCUUUCAUGUGGGGUGUGCUUAUGAAGUGCCUUGUGUGGAAUCACUACUUUCAAGAAGCCAUUUCACUCUAUCACAAAAUGUUGCACCAUGUAACCAGCAUGAACAGGUUUAUAUUCCCUUCCAUUUUGAGAGCUUGUUCGGGAUAUGGUGAUCUGGGUGUUGGAGGGAAGGUCCACGGGAGGAUAAUAAAAUGUGGGUUUGACUCUGAUGUGGUGAUUGAGACCUCAUUGCUUGGUUUGUAUGGAGAACUGCGUUGCUUAGAUAAUGCUCGGAAGGUGUUUUACGCAAUGCCAAUGAGAGAUGUGGUGUCGUGGAGUUCGAUUAUUUCGUGUUUAGUGGAGAAUGGAGAGGCAAGUGAAGGGCUUGAGAUGUUCCGUUGGAUGGUCUCUGAAGGUGUUGAAUCGGAUUCAGUCACAAUGCUUGGUGUAGCUGAGGCUUGUGGGGAGUUGGCAUUGUUGAGAGUAGCAAGGUCAGUACAUGGUCAUGUUGUUAGAAGGGGAAUUAAAAGUGAUGGGGCUUUAGAAAACUCUCUAAUUUCAAUGUACAGUAAAUGUGGUGACUUGCAAAGUGUGCAAAGGAUUUUUCGUAUGGUUACUCAUUGGCACACUGCAUCUUGGACUGCAAUGAUCUCCUCCUACAAUCAAGCUGGUUAUUUUUUGGAAGCACUAGACGCUUUUGUUGAGAUGCAAGAGUCUAAAGUGGAACCCAAUUCAGUAACCUUGAUGAGUGCUCUGCGGUCUUGUAUUAGGUUAGACUUGCACAAAGAAGGGAGGUCUGUUCAUUGCUUUGCUAUUAGAAACGUUCUAGACCCCGACCUUGAUUUUUUAGGAUCGGCAUUAUUCGAAUUGUACUCUGAAAUUGGGGGACUAAGCUAUUGUCAGAAACUUCUUAAUACAAUUGGAGAGAGAAAUGUGGUGUUAUGGAACACAAUUAUUUCAGGCUAUUGCCAAAAAGGCUUGUUGAGAGAGGCAUUGCUAAUCUUUGUGCAGAUGCCGACCCAAGGACUAAUGCCAGAUUCUUUCAGCAUGUCAAGUGCUCUCUCAGCUUGUGGAAAGGUGGGUUUAGUAGAACUUGGGCAUCAGAUACAUGGUCAUAUAAUCAAAAGAGGCUAUUUGGAUGAGUUUGUCUUGAAUUCACUGAUUGAUAUGUACUCAAAAUGUGGGUUUGUAGAUUCAGCAUACAUGAUAUUUGAUAAGAUUCAACACCUUGGUGUCAUAACAUGGAAUUCAAUGAUUUCCGGAUUUUCUCAAAAUGGUGACCCUGUCAUGGCGAUCAGUCUUUUUGAUAAAAUGUUCUUGAACUGUCUCGAGAUUAAUGAAGUCGCCAUUUUAAGUGUCAUUCAAGCUUGCUCCGAAUUAGGUUAUCUAGAAAAGGGAAAAUGGGUUCACCACAAGCUCAUAACAUAUGGUGUGGGGAAAGAUCUCUAUAUUGAUACAGCUCUAACUGAUAUGUAUGCCAAAUGUGGAGACCUUCGGUCUGCUCAAGUAGUAUUUGAUAUAAUGGAAGAAAGAAGUGUUGUGUCAUGGAGUGUCAUGAUUGCCGGGUACGGUAUGCAUGGCAAGAUUAAUGUUGCCAUAUCAAUCUUUACCCAAAUGCUGGAUACAGGAAUGCAACCAAAUGAGAUUACCUUCAUGAACAUUCUUUCAGCUUGCAGUCAUGCAGGAGCUGUCGAGAAAGGAAGGUUCUAUUUCAGAUCAAUGAGGGAUUUUGGCAUUGAGCCCAGCGCAGAACAUUUUGCUUGUAUAGUUGACCUUCUGAGUCGAGCUGGUGAUCUCACCGGAGCAUAUGAAAUCAUCAAAUCAAUGCCAUUCUCUGUAGAUGCCAGCAUAUGGGGCGCCCUUCUUAAUGGAUGUAGAAUCCACCAGAGGAUGGACAUGAUUAAAAGCAUUGAAACAGACCUUUUAGAUAUCAGCACAGAUGACAGUGGAUACUACACCUUAUUUUCUAACAUAUAUGCUGAAGGAGGGAACUGGGAUGAAUUUGGAAAUGUGAGAUUAAUGAUGAAAGGCAUCGGUGUGAGGAAGGUCCCUGGAUACAGUAUAAUUGAGCUGGAUAGGCAAGUUUACAGAUUUGGAGCUGGAGAUACCCCUCAUCCCCAAAUGAAGGAGAUUUACAGUUUUCUGGAGAAUUUUCAGAGUCUCACUCGCGAACAAGGGAUAACGUAG